GUUCGGCCUCGCGACCUAGGGCUGUUUUGUAACUGCUUUGAUGUUUGCAUACAAAAAGUAUGACAUGAUUUGCUGAAGGUUUUUCAUAGUUCAAGAUAAUACAACUUUUUAUCGUUAUGUUGGCUACAAUAAUCAUGAUGACAGUUUAGGAACUAGUCUACAUGUGCGGGCGCAAGGUGAGACUUCGUGGAACGGGGAAAUCGAAGGCUGCGCUAUCCCCGGGACAGUUGAAAACUUAAUAGAAUACUACAGGCGAGAAAAAUGGAUGAUAACAACAAUGACAACGCUCGCUGCAAGUCGUCUGAGGAUAACCACCGCGACUCACUAGUUGGUAGCGGGGCAACAGGCGAUGUUGGAGCUGGAGGUCUGGAAGAAGUACAGCUGCAUCUCACGUGCCUACCGGAGCGGUACAUGAUGGCCAAGUUCACCUUAUCAGCCUAUAUGCUCUGCUGGGCAGCGCUGAAACUCUACCAGAGACUACGAUGCACUCCUGCCACUCAACAGGUGAAACAGACCCAGGAAGCUCUUGAAGACUCGGAGGGACUCGGGAACCCAGAGGGAUUAGGAUUAGAGGUGAAGGACGGGGAUUUGGGUGCCAGUGACUCCCAGAACUGGAGCGAGGACAGGGGGAGAACCAGGGACGGUGGGGUUGACAUUACGUCAUCGGAGGAGUACUUUGACUCGCGGUCGUGGCACAGUGACACGCUGUCAGACCUGAGCCCGGACAGCAGCGAGGACUCUCUGUCUGCCAUACUGGGGGUGGAGGACGUACGCACGAGAUGGAAGAACAGCAGGUACCACACCGCUGGGGACUGUAGAGCCAGACGCACAGCCGAGAGGAGCCAGCACAGCCACAGUACAGAGAACGCAGGGACUGACGUACACGGACCCAGCAAAGAGAAACACAACCAGACCAGCAUAGAGACAGCACAGAGUCAGCCUUGCAACACAGAGAAGAAGCAACACAAUCACAGGACAGAAACACAGCACAGCACAGAGUUGCACAAUCAGCUCAGCACAGAGAUACAUAAGACAGGAGUAACAACCCAGCACACCCAAGGGAAAGUCAGCACAGAGAUUUGUAUCACUGAAAUCACAGGUCAUCAGAAUGCACUAACGUUAGUGCUUCACACAGAGUCACACAAACCGAAUAGCUCAGACAGACACAAAAUCGACAUCGCACAUAGCACAGAAACAUUUGCACAGAGAAACAGCACAGAGGAAACGAGUAGAGAGACACGAACGCCAAGCAGCACCGAGAAACAGAGCACAGGGUUCGAAAACACAGCUAGUACAGAGAAACAGAGCACAGGGUUUGAAAACACAGCUAGCACAGAUAAACAGAGCACAGGGUUUGAAAACACAGCUAGUACAGAGAAACAGAGCACAGGGUUUGAAAACACAGCUAGCACAGAGAAACAGAGCACAGGGUUUGAAAACACAGCUAGCACAGAGAAACAGAGCACAAGCACUAAAUGCACAGGGAUAUGUAAACAACAUAGCAUAGAUAUACAAAGUAUAGAUCUGCUGUCCACUCUACACAGUGUAGAGAAAGAGAAUUCACAAAUACACAACAGUCACCUAGAGCAGGUAAGCCUUGCCAGCCAGAAUACAUCUAGAGCCUAUGGAGAGGAGACAGCCAAUCAACACAGUUCAGAGACACACUGCAUAGACACACACAACACAACAGACACACAGUGUUCGGACAUAUCUGGCACACACGUGACACUUUGCAGAGAUACACCCAACACACUCAAAGCAGAGACACACUGUAGGCUCACGCACAACAAUCACAGUUCAGACAUACACUUAUCUGACACACAAAGUGAACUUAUCCCGGAGCAUCCCACAACAGAAACACACACCACAGAGACAAUCUGUACGGACACACAACCCACAGAGACAAUCUGUACGGACACACAUCCCACAGAGACAAUCUGUAGGGACACACAACCCACAGAGACAAUCUGUAGGGACACACAACCCACAGAGACAUUCUGUACGGACACACAACCCACAGAGACAUUCUGUACGGACACACAACCCACAGAGACAAUCUGUAGGGACACACAACCCACAGAGACAAUCUGUAGGGACACACAACCCACAGAGACAAUCUGUAGGGACACACAACCCACAGAGACAAUCUGUAGGGACACACAACCCACAGAGACAAUCUGUAGGGACACACAACCCACAGAGACAGAGAGGAGUAGCACACCCAACACAGAGACAGAGAGGAGUAACACACCCAACACAGAGACAGAGAGGAGUAGCACACCCAACACAGAGACAGAGAGGAGUAGCACACCCAACACAGAGACAGAGAGGAGUAGCACACCCAACACAGAGACAGAGAGGAGUAGCACACCCAACACAGAGACAGAGAGGAGUAGCACACCCAACACAGAGACAGAGAGGAGUAGCACACCCAACACAGAGACAGAGAGGAGUAGCACACCCAACACAGAGACAGAGAGGAGUAGCACACCCAACACAGAGACAGAGAGGAGUAGCACACCCAACACAGAGACAGAGAGGAGUAGCACACCCAACACAGAGACAAACAGCCCAGUCCCACACACUUUAGAAACCACAGGGACCGUCCAUUCAGCCAGUCCAUGUGUGGGUAUCCUCAACGGACCUGUCACAAAAACCCAGCCUCAGGCCUGCCUCGGUGCUACAAAGCUCCACAUUGAGGCAUGCGUAUCGGGUGUCCGCUGCCAGGAAGAGCACGAGGUGUGUGUCACCACCAGGAACUCAGCAGAGCCGACUGAACCGUCAGAUACGGUGAACGGGAUCUGUCCAAUUAUAUCGUCCGUGGAGGCUGGACUUCCUUUAGAGGCGGGACUUACUGUAGACGUGGGACUUCCUGAAGAGGUGGGACUUCCUUGCUUGCUAGACGCCCGUGUGCCUAUACCUGUUCCCGACCCGUAUCUCUCACCGUCACUAGACAGGAAGGGGAUCAACCAGUCAGAAUCCCAGUUAGCCUCACCUGUCCUACCUACUGGGCUAGAGAGUGGAGGAAUUACAGAGACACAACAACCACAAGCACAGCGCUCCAGUUCACGACCCCAGGAAAAGGAAGCCGUUCAAACCCAGGGCCUAAUCCCUGAGCUCCAGGACCAGGGGGGCUCUAGCACAGAGACACCCAGGGACAGUGAGCACUCGCCUGGGGAGGAUAAGUGGGCUGAGGCCUGGCUGAGGGAAGGCUCCACCUCUGUAGAGCUCAAGCCUGGCUUUGCUCAUCCCCAGUCUGACACUGAGGGGGGCAUUGAGGAAUGCCUACCCCCCCACCCCUACUCCCUCCCCCACAUAGACAGGCCGCUUUGCUCUGACAGCUUAGGGUCAGAAGAUUCAGAACAUUCCCAGCUGAAGACCUCAGACAGAGAGUAUAGGACAGGAUCAACCCAUUCCCUGGCUGUGGAGAGAGAGGAGGAGGAGGAGAAAGAGGAGGAGGAAGAUAGUCAUGUUUACAGUCAGCAGGAUAAGGCAGUAGAAAGCACGUCCUGUCCUUAUUCAACACAGUCAAACACUGUUACAGCAGAACUCUCUGACAAUACAGACACUGUUACAGCAGCAGAACUCUCUGACAAUACAGACACUGUUACAGCAGCAGAACUCUCUGACCAUACAGACACGGUUACAGCAGAACUCUCUGACCAUACAGGCACUGUUACAGCAGCAGAACUCUCUGACCAUACAGACACUGUUACAGCAGAGCUCUCUGACCAUACAGACACUGUUACAGCAGAACUCUCUGACAAUACAGACACUGUUACAGCAGAACUCUCUGACCAUACAGACACUGUUACAGCAGAACUCUCUGACAAUACAGACACUGUUACAGCAGAACUCUCUGACCAUACAGACACUGUUACAGCAGAACUCUCUGACAAUACAGACACUGUUACAGCAGAACUCUCUGACAAUACAGACACUGUUACAGCAGAACUCUCUGACCAUACAGACACUGUUACAGCAGAACUCUCUGACCAUACAGACACUGUUACAGCAGAACUCUCUGACAAUACAGACACUGUUACAGCAGCAGAAGUCUCUGACCAUACAGACACUGUUACAGCAGAACUCUCUGACAAUACAGACACUGUUACAGCAGCAGAGCUCUCUGACCAUACAGGCACUGUUACAGCAGCAGAACUCUCUGACCAUACAGACACUGUUACAGCAGCAGAACUCUCUGACCAUACAGACACUGUUACAGCAGCAGAAGUCUCUGACCAUACAGACACUGUUAUAGCAGAACUCUCUGACCAUACAGACACUGUUACAGCAGAAGUCUCUGACCAUACAGACACUGUUACAGCAGAACUCUCUGACCAUACAGACACUGUUAUAGCAGAACUCUCUGACCAUUCAGACACUGUUACAGCAGAACUCUCUGACCAUACAGACACGGUUACAGCAGAACUCGCUGAGCAUAGAGACACGGUUACAGCAGAACUCUCUGACCAUACAGACACUGUUACAGCAGAACUCUCUGACCAUACAGACACUGUUACAGCAGAACUCUCUGACCAUACAGACACUGUUACAGCAGAACUCUCUGACUCUGACCAUAUUGGGCUGCCAAGCACAGAGGAGACAGAGGAUGCUAUAGUUCCCGUCAGCCCUACAGGAGUCUUCAUAGAGAUCACCAGUGAUCUGCGUGUUGACCUCAGCUCACAGGGUGUGUCUAGUGACACAGGCCAGGGGUCAACCCAACCUACAGAGACUGAAUCUCUUCAGGGAGACAGCACAGAACCCUCUGCCUUAGAUCAGGAAGCCACGCCGCUGAGGAGGAUAAAGAUUACCGUGGGAACAGACUCUACUGUGUGUAACAACGAGGUCCAGAGCCAGCUGAAGGAGCUAGAGAUCCAUCAUAGCAUCUCUGGGCCGGAACCCUCUCCCUGCACCGUGCCACCCUCCAUCCUGUCUCUGUCCUGCCUCUCUGACUCCAACAACAACACCAAGGCCAGCGAAGGGUCGGUGUCGGGGUCUCCCAGUACAAGGGGUAAGGGGCCAGAGCAGUGGUCCUCCAAGGUAGAGGUAGCCCCCCAGAGCAGCUCAGAGGAGGGUGGGGAUAAAACCCCUGAUGAGUCCCCUUCCCUGACCGAGCCCUCCACGUUUACCUCUGACCUCCUGGGGGAGACCACAGAGACACCAGACAGCACCCUAGAAUGCCCCCCUGAGGACUCUGAGGAGUUCCUGUCCUACCUGGCCUACAAGCACUACUGGAGCAGUGAGGACUCAGCCGUGUCCGGGUUGGGGGACGAGUGUCACUUCAGCUUGGCUGAGGUGGAGGAACUAGAGAGGCUACAGGGAGAGGGCCUUGGAGACGUCCUUUAUCAGAACCAUACUGCAACUACAGGCUGUAGGAGAGAUAUCUCUAACCAUACAGACACUAUAGGCUGUAGGAGAGAUAUCUCUAACCAGACAGACACUAUAGGCUGUAGGAGAGAUAUCUCUAACCAUACAGACACUAUAGGCUGUGGGGAGGUUGUAGAGGGGGUAGUUCAUUCUAAUUGUGCUGCUAACAGUCCUUCAGACCUCUCUGAACCCUUAGCUUCCUACCUGGAGACCAGAGGACUGCUAUUGGACAGCGCGGAGAAAGAGGAGGUGCAGAAGUCCAGCCCCCACCAAUCCCCUAACCCUCCCUCAGAGGGAGACAGACAGGACUGUAGCAAAUCACCUGGGGCUUUAGGAUUAGAAGACAGUCUGUUUGCUGAGGAGUCCAGCUCGUGCAGCUCCUACCUCCAGACCAGCUCUCACCCUGCCCUCCUGCAGCAAGAUCGUGGGGUGAGGAUUGUGAGGUACCCCUACUCCGACGUCAGUCUCAACCUGCUCUCCCUCAGUAGCCUCGAGCCCAUCCUAGAGGCAGACUCCGACCGCUCCCUGGACAACCCUAGUAUUGUGGAGGAUGUGACUGGAGUAGAGGAGGAGGAGGAGGAGGAGGAGGAAGAAGAGGAGGAGGAGGAGCGAAGACAGAGUGUUAGGAUGAGGCCCACUGAGAAAGACAGGGACAGUGUUGUCCUGUCUGGUGACAUCAUCCUGUCCAACUCCAGCUCCGGCCUUAAGAGCCCGUCGUUGUGUCUCCCCGAGGACUCAUCCAGUAUCGAGUCAUCAGAGCACCAACUGGACUCGUUGACCUUUGACCCCGAUGACCUCAGGGUUAUGACCUUACCAAACGACAGGGACCAUGCAAGCAGCGAGAGACGCUCCAGUCCAACCCCCACCUCUGUGUCCUACGACUUUGAUACCACCAGCACUAACAGUGAGGAGAUGGAAGAGUCCAUCCUGCCUGUCUCGGGGGGGAACACCAACCUCCACAAACCCAUGAAGAGCAAGUCUAAAGGCAGCCAGGCAGGGAGGUCCAAGAGCUCCAAGUUCUCUGUCUUUGCCAAGAUGCCUUCUUUCAGGAAGGGGAAGAGUCUGAAGAAUGCCAAGGGGGAGGACUUGCCCCAGGACUCACCAGACCUGGGCCUGAGCAGGGAUAUGGGGGGAGGACAGGUGGGACAAGGGGGAGACACCUCGGAUGAUGACAAUGUUUUCUUGAAGGGGGACAUCCUGAACCAGACGGUUCAGCAGUCCUUCUCCUCCGGUCUGGGUGGUCGCUACGAGACAGAGCAGGAGGAUAACGGCUUCUUCCCCUCCACACCGCGCACCCGCCAUGUCCGCCUGCUCUUCAGGGAUGGGCCUGGGGACACCCCCCUGACCUCCCAGCCCGGAGGUCUCAGACACAACCAGACCGGGGCCCCCGAGGGCCUGCACGGCUACAAGAGGAGCAAGAGCUCUGACAGCCUCAACCUUCGCAUGCGCUUCGCCCAGGCCCACAAGUCCCUGUCCAGCCUGUUUGAGUCUCGCUCCAUGGACAAGGAGAACGAGGAGGAGCAGGUGAAUAUUGAGACUGGGAGCGAAGGGGAGGUGGGGCGAGCCAAACAGUCCUGGAGGAGGCUAAAGAGAGAGAGGGCCAAGGAGGCGGAGCUGCUGAGGAGGACCCUGUCUGUCCCGGUCGGGGACGGGGACAAGGGAGGGGACGGUGAGGAUGGGGGUGUGAGGACGCCCAGACAGAUCCAUAGUGACUAUGCGUCCCGCUCUGCCUUAGUGCUCAGUGUCCCUGGGUCCCCCUCCUCUCUCAGGGCCCUGUGUCUCACCGACCCCCUUACUAAGAGGGGCUUCCAGGACAGUCACAGCUUGGCCGAGGAGAACACCCCACUGGGCUGCAAGUCAGAGGGCCAGAGGAGGAAAGGGAAAGUCCUGCCCAACGGACUGUCAAUAAACUUCUCUGACGCCGGACCGCCCUCCUCGGACGACUCUGAAGCCCCACCCACAAACGAUUCCAGGCCCCUGUCGCCCAUGAGCCCCGCCUCCCUGGCCACCCUAGCCAAUCAGCUGUCUUGGUCCAGCUCCAGGUCCCCAGGAGGAGCCUUUGAGAGCACAGCGUCUAGCAUGGCAGCAACACCAGACAGCCCAGUGAGACCCAUGAGCCCCAAGCCCCACAGCCCCAGACCGGCUGCCCAGCACAGGCCCUUCCGCUACCCCCACUCUGCCUCAGCCCGGGCCUCAGCCCUGUCCCUGGUCCUCAUGCCCCAGUCAGCCAGUGUAGAGGGCUUGUCUGACCCACCAGAGAAGCCCAAGACCCUGAAGCCCAGAGCGGGGCCGCUAGGCUCCUCCUCCCUCAGUCCAUUGGAGGACAGUGGAGUGGACAGCCAAUCACAGAUCAGCCUGCUUACACCUAUGUCCAUCAACCAGUUUGAGACUCAGGGUGGCUGUAGACCCACCAGCCAGGCAGGAGGAGAGAAGAGGCUAGCAGAGCUGAAGACUCCUGGGUCUGGACUCGUCACUACUGCCUCAGCCCUCAGACCACCACCAGGCCACAGGCCGAACAGGGAGAGGGACAGGGGUCCAAGACGCCACCGCUGCUCCUCAGACGACCUGUGGAUCGAAGAGGAGAAGAGACGGAAGCGGAAGCUGGCCCGAGUCGUGAGGGGCAGCCUGGGACAACUCAACACCCACUGUCCUGAAGAUCUGGAGAAAGCACGGGCUCGAGUGUCCCUGUCGACCAUGGAGGAGUUCUCCGGGAUUCCCCUGAAGGCCCACUGCUUCUCCCAGAGCACCCCCAUCGGACUUGACUGUCUGGGCUGGAGACGACGCAUCUCCUACCCCUCGGUGAUAGUACCAGAUGGAAGUGGAGAGAAGGCCGGUCUGGGUCUGGGUGAUGAUCUAGGCAGUGAUGAAGACCUGUAUGAAGAGUUCCGCAGCUCCGGACAUCGCUGUGGACACCCAGGGGGAGGUGGAGAACAACUGGCCAUAAAUGAGCUGAUCAGUGAUGGCAGCUGUGUGUACGCCGAGGCUCUCUGGGACCAUGUCACCAUGGACGACCAGGAGCUGGGCUUCAAGGCGGGAGACGUCAUCGAGGUAGUGGAUGCCACCAACAAGGAGUGGUGGUGGGGACGCAUCCUGGACAGUGAGGGCUGGUUCCCAGCUAGCUUUGUUCGGUUGCGUGUGAACCAGGAUGAGCCCAUGGAGGAAUACCUAGCCCAGCUGGAGGAGGCUGGGGCUGGGGAAGAGGACCGGCCAGGGGUGGGUCUGAUCCUGGGACCAGGCCUGCCGUGUAAGGACCAGAUGAGGACUAACGUUAUCAAUGAGAUCAUGAGCACAGAGAGAGACUACAUCAAACACCUCAAAGACAUCUGUGAGGGUUACAUCAAACAGUGCCGUAAGAGGAUAGACAUGUUCACAGAGGAGCAACUGCGGUGUAUAUUCGGCAACAUCGAAGACAUCUACCGCUUCCAGAAGAAGUUACUGAAAGGUCUGGAGAAGAAGUUCAACAAGGAGCAGCCGCACCUCAGCGAGAUCGGAUCCUGCUUCCUGGAACACCAAACAGACUUCCAGAUCUACUCGGAGUACUGUAACAACCACCCCAACGCCUGUGUGCAGUUGUCCAGACUGAUGAAGACCAACAAGUACGUGUUCUUCUUCGAGGCCUGUCGUCUGCUGCAGAAGAUGAUUGACAUCUCGCUGGAUGGGUUCCUGCUCACGCCCGUCCAGAAGAUCUGCAAGUACCCUCUGCAGCUGGCCGAGCUACUGAAAUACACCAACCCACAGCAUAGGGACUAUAAGGACGUGGAGGCUGCCUUGAACGCCAUGAAGAACGUGGCCAGGCUGAUCAACGAGAGGAAGCGGCGCCUGGAGAACAUCGACAAGAUCGCCCAAUGGCAGAGCUCCAUAGAGGACUGGGAGGGAGAAGACAUCCUCAGUAUGAGUUCAGAUCUGAUCUUCUCUGGAGAGCUGACAAAACUCUCCCAGCCUCAGGCCAAGAGCCAGCAGCGCAUGUUCUUCCUCUUCGACCACCAGAUGGUCUACUGCAAAAAGGACCUCCUGCGCAGGGACAUGCUGUACUAUAAGGGUCGUAUGGACAUGGACCAGAUGGAGGUGGUGGAUGUGGAGGAUGGGAAGGAGAAGGACUUCAACGUGUCGGUGAAGAACGCUCUGAAGCUGCGCUCGCUGGCGGGGGACGAGGUCCACCUGUUGUGUGCCAAGAAGCCUGAGCAGAAACAACGCUGGCGCCGAGCCUUCCAGGACGAGAGGACGCAGGUGCAGCACGACCUCGAAACAGGAUUCUCCAUCACUGAGGUCCAGAAGAAACAGGCCAUGCUGAACGCCUGCAAAAGCCAUCCAGCUGGGAAGCCCAAAGCGGUGACCCGGCCCUACUAUGACUUCCUGCUGCGUCAGAAGCACCCGUCUUUGCCCAGCACCGUUCCCCAGCAGCAGGUCUUCAUGCUGGCUGAGCCCAAACGCAAGGCAACCACCUUCUGGCAAAACAUCGGCAGACUGACGCCUUUCAAGAAGUGAAACGUCAGAGAGGAGAGGAGGAUUAGAGGAGAAAGGCUAACGCCUGAACUGACUUUUUUAUCCCCGAUCCUUUUUUUUCCCUUCUCUCGUUUGUUCUUUGUUAUACAUGAUGUUAUCCUAAUUCAUAUACUGAUUAUUGUGAAAGAUCAACAUGAUGAUGAUGAUGAUAUUUUUUCUUUGAGAAAGCACUUUAUAGGUUGGUUACAAUCAGACUUGGGAAUAGUUCUCCCGGACAUCGUGUAUACGUUGGGAGAAUGUUACUAGGACUAUUAUACCUGCUACUGCUACUACAACUUCAACCAAGCACCGAUUGGUACUAAUAUUACUACUGCUGUGUGAUCAUGUGACUGCCAAUGAGGCUCCUCUUUUUGGAAAGACGUUGACUGACGCAACUAAAUGAUUUUUUCCCCAGUGUUUUUGUUUUGUUUCGACAAAUGCCAACUGUUCACAGUGCCAGAUCAAUUUUGCUUUUGUAUUUAAGUUUGUGCUGUGUCUGCUAUUGAAAAAAAGGUGAAAAAGGGGGAUAAAGUUUAUUGUACUUCUCUUUGUGCAAA